AUGUCUUCGUCUCCCAAAAUCCGCGUCGGCAUAGUCGGCGCCUCAGGCGAAACAGGCACCUCCAUCAUCAACGGCCUCCUCGAAGCCGGGAAAUUCGACCUCAUCGCCCUAACCCGCCCCGCCUCCAUGACCAAACCCAUCAACCUCACCCUCCAAUCCCAGGGCGUGACCCUCCGCCCCCGAGACCUCACAUCCCCCCAACCCACCCUCGUCGCCGCCCUCAGCGACAUCGAAAUCCUAAUCUCCAGCGUGCCCCCCAUGGACCUCCUAUCCCAACUCCCCCUGAUAACCGCCGCCAAAACCGCCGGCGUGCGCCGCUUCCUGCCCUGCGCCUACGCGCCCGUGAUCCCGCCGGGCGGCGUGCACAUCAUCAUCGACGAGAAGGAGAAGGUAUACCAGGCGAUGAAGCAGGCGCGGCUGCCCUUCACGGUCGUGGAUAUCGGGUGGUGGUACCAGCUGUGCGUGCCGCGGGUGCCGAGCGGGCGGACGGAUGGGUACCAGUUGACCGGGGAGGGCAAUACGAUUGUCGGGGAUGGGGCGAUGCCGAGUGCGCUGACGGAUUUGAGGGAUGUGGGGCGGUAUGUUGCAAGGAUUGUCGUGGAUGAGCGGACGGUGAAUCGGUAUGUGUUUGUGUGGAAUGAGGUGUGGAGUCAGAGGGAGAUUUUUGGGGCGGUGGAGAGGGUACUUGGGGAGGAGGUGGAGAGGAAGUUUGUUGGGGAGGAGGAGUUGAGGGAGAAGCUGGAGGGCAUGGGCGAUGCGAUUGAUUUGCCGACCAUUGCGACCAAGGUGCCGGUGCAGUAUCACCUUUCGCUGUAUAUCCGUGGGGACAAUCAGCCGGAGAAUGCGGAGUAUUUGGGAUACUUGUUGGGGAAGGACUUGUAUCCGGAUUUCGAGGCUCGGUCGUUUGACGCGUAUCUGAAGGAGGUGAUGGAUGGCACGGCCAAGGAGAUUUACAAAGGGAGGUAUGAGGAUCUCAAGAAGAUGUUCCGUAAAUGA